ACCGGCAUUUCAGUAUUAGAGCGGAGAGGAGUGACACCGGCUCUGGUGUACUAUUUAUUUAUUUAUUGUAGUAACUUUUAAUUUUCCCGGAGCAGACAUGCUCGGUUUGUGCCUUUACGUCCCCGUGUCGAACUCAGACCCGGUAGAAGUGGAAUAUUUCGAGUCUAACGGACUUCCGUCGGAGCUGAAGUCUCUCUUUAACAAACUGAGCGUGUUCCUGCCGUCUCAGGAGUUUUCAACCUACCAACGAUGGCGAAAGAAAACCUUAAAAAGGGAAGAAGCUGACUCAGAUGGGAAGCUGGACUUUGAAGAAUUUGUUCACUAUCUGCAAGAUUACGAGAAAGACCUGAAGCUCAUCGUGAAGAGCCUUGACAGGAAAAAUGCAGGCCGCGUUGAUCCUAAAGAAUUCAUUCAGUCUCUGCAGGACCUCGGGGUGCAUAUUUCCCCACACCAUGCAGAGAAAGCCCUUAAGAGCAUGGAUAAGAAUGGGGUAAUAACUAUCGGCAGUAAAGACUGGAGCAAGUACUCUGUGGUGGAAGAGACGGAGAACAUUCCUGAGAUCAUCCUCUACUGGAAACACUCCACGAUAUUCGAUAUAGGCGAGAACUUGAUGGUACCCGAUGAGUUCACAGUGGAAGAGAAGAUGACGGGGAUGUGGUGGAGACACCUGGUCGCAGGCGGAGGAGCUGGGGCAGUUUCAAGGACGUGCACGGCUCCUCUGGACCGACUCAAAGUCAUGAUGCAGGUGUAUGGAUCCAGAACCAACAAUAUGUGCAUCAUGAGUGGACUGAUGCAGAUGAUAAAAGAGGGCGGGCUGAGGUCUUUGUGGCGAGGAAACGGCGUGAACAUCAUCAAAAUCGCACCAGAGUCUGCACUCAAGUUCAUGGCGUAUGAGCAGAUUAAGCGUCUGAUCGGCAGCGAUAAGGAGACCCUGGGCAUCCUGGAGCGAUUUGUUGCUGGAUCUUUGGCGGGAGUGAUCGCCCAGAGCACCAUCUACCCCAUGGAGGUUCUUAAAACUCGCCUCGCUCUGAGGAAGACAGGGCAGUACUCGGGAAUCUCUGACUGUGCGAAGCAGAUCUUUAGGAAAGAAGGACUGGGGGCGUUCUAUAAAGGCUACGUCCCAAACAUGCUCGGCAUCAUCCCCUACGCUGGCAUCGACCUGGCCGUGUACGAGACUUUGAAGAACAGCUACCUGCAGCAGUACGGUGCUAAUGGCACCGACCCCGGCGUGCUCGUCCUGCUGGCCUGCGGCACCGUGUCAAGUACCUGCGGGCAGCUCGCCAGUUAUCCUCUGGCUCUGGUCCGAACACGAAUGCAAGCACAAGCUGCCACGGGGUUGACGAGUGAGCAGGCGACCAUGUCGGGUCUCUUCAAGCAGAUCCUGCAGAACGAGGGUCCAACGGGACUCUACAGAGGGUUGGCCCCCAACUUCCUCAAAGUGAUCCCCGCCGUCAGCAUCAGCUACGUGGUGUAUGAGCAUCUGAAGACGCAGCUGGGAGUGACAUCACGCUGAAAGUCGACCCUCCCUUUGUCACAACAAGAAUGUGACAAGUGACCCCGUCAGUCUCCAACACCCCCUCCCCCACUCCACUCACCCUCUCCCUCCCUCCCAGGGAAUCCCAGGGACCUUGUGGCCCCUCUGGAGGUUCGUGAAGCGAUCUCAUUCUGUGAAUGUCAGCUGAUGUAAGACGAGAAGUGACGCUGGAAAGGCUGAGGUGGAGGAUAUGGACUCUGUGAGCUCAAGAGUGGAACUGCUGCUAUUUAUGAGAAAAUGAGGGAUGAGACUGAGAGUUAAGGACCAAGUGUUUUAGGGUUUUUUGCUCUUUCUGCCCAGUGCCUGAGCAAAAACAUGCAGUUAUUUUUCAUGUCUGUGAGUUGAAGUUUUUGUCAGCAAUCAUGUUGCAUAAGAGAGAACUCUCAUACAUGUCCUUUAGCAGGCAGAUAAGCAUUAGUAAUCUCUUUAAGAAGUUUUGUUCUGAUCCGUUCUGCCUGUAGGAAGAUGAUUGUGUUCCUAAUGAGAGGGUUUUUGCACACGUGAGUUUGAUCUCUCUCCACCCCUGUCCUGAAUGAAUGAUUUCCCAGUAUUUAUUUCCAUCCUUUAUUUAUAGUUUUUAUUACGAAGAAGAGAGUGGUGGAGGUUUCCGCUGCAUGUUUUUGUUUGAACAGCCAAAUGUGCUAUUUAAAAACCUGCAGUGAAUGUAUUCAGGGUGGGAAUGUAACGCCGGGUAGCAGCCUUAACGCGUGGCUUUAAACACUACAUGUUACCUGGUGAAGUAUUUAAGCUGGGGCUGGAGUUUGUGCUCAUGCUGCUGCUGUUGAUUUAACAUGAAAAUAACGAUUUUGUGCGACAUGCUUCUGAUCAUAAAUGUUGACGUGUCUAGAUGUUUUUGCCCAUUUUAAAGGUUUAAAUGUCUUAAUGUUCACCUCAGGUUUAAGGGCAGAUUACUGUUAAUUCACCGAAGAGCACACAUCUUUCUUUGUGUUUCACAACAUUUAUCCUCGGAAAAACAAGGGCUGAAGAAGACGAGCGACGUAUUGCACUUUAAUCAAAGCUGGAAGGCCUCUGAUGAAUGUCACAUCGAUCCAGGUAUUCAGAUUGAAUUCUUUUGUAAAGAGUUUUUUUAGGAUUGUUUUAAUGGACCAUUUUGAUGCAAAUAAAUGCAAAUUCUUGUA